ACUGUUGAGACACGACAGACUCACGGCAUCGCCGAAAAGAUGAGCUCGAUCGACUUCGACGAGGUGCUGGUACACGUGGGAGAGAAGGGCCGAUACCAGAACAUCAUGUACUACUUGCUGUGCAUACCCGCCACCCUGCCGGCCGCCUUCUUGGCGUUCUCGCAAGUGUUCGUGAGCGCCUCGCCAGAGCACUGGUGCAGGAUACCGGAACUGGAUAACAUGACGGAUCUGAUGUCGCUGGAGGAGAGGAAGGCGCUCUCGUUGCCCUACACGGUCAAGUCCGACGGUAGGAGGAUUUACUCCAAGUGUCAUAUGUACGACGUGAAUUACACGGAGAUAAUCAAUUCGUGGCUCGAAGGCACCAAUCUGUCCAACACCACCGACAGCCCGUCGUUGACCACAUCUCCGUCGUUUGACUCACCGUCAACCCGAUCGCCACCGGUCAGUAGCCCCGACUGGCCGGUCAUCAACUGCCGAUACGGAUGGAACUAUGACACCCGGGACUACGACAGCACUCUCGUGACCGAGCUAGACCUGGUAUGUGACAACAGCUGGUGGCCUUCCACGUCGACGACGUUCUUCUACGUGGGCAGCCUCUUCGGCAACGUCGUGUUCGGCUGGAUCGCCGACAAAUGGGGCAGAAGGACGGCCUUCUUCGCCAUCCUGUUCCUCGAAGUGAUAUUCUCUAUCGCCACGAGCUUCAGUCCGAACUACGUGAUCUACACGGCGCUGAGGACCGUGAAUGGUCUCUUUUUUCCUGCCAUUUAUCAGAUACCUUUCAUACUUGCUCUCGAGCUAAUGGGGCCGAGAUAUCGAACAUUCGCCGGAAUGGUGAUCUGCAUGUUCUUCGCCACGGCGAUGUCUCUCCUGGCGUUGCUGGGUUACUUGUUAAGACACUGGUAUACCCUGUCGUUAGCCACAUCGGUGCCUUUCAUUCUUCUCUUCAGUUACUACUGGAUCAUCCCCGAGUCACCGCGGUGGCUUCUCAGCAAGAAUAGAAUAGACGAGGCGGAGGCGAUCGUCCAGCAGAUGGCAAAAGUCAACGGCAAAACAGUGCCUCCAAAUUUUCUCAGAAAGAUGGAGAUAGAAAUAUUAAAGAGGCAAGGGAUAUCGUGUAACGGUAGGAAUUCCAACGACGUGGAGGGCGAGAACAGGACGCCGCCACCAUCCGCGACACCCAUGGACCUGAUCACAAAUCCGAACAUUAGGAAGAAGUUCUUCAUCCUCGCUUUCGAUUGGGUGGCGAACGCGGUGGUGUACAACGGGCUGUCCUACAACACGACCAAUCUGGGUGUCUCCGAUUACCUGGCUUUCUUCAUUGGAGGAAUCGUGGAGAUUCCGUCGUACUUUAUUACGUGGUACGCAAUGGACAGAUUGGGCAGGCGAUGGGUGUUAUGCGUGACCAUGAUGCUGGGUGGGCUCGCUUGCGUGUCCUGCAUGUUCGUGCCCGAAGACGCGGUCUGGGUAACCGUGAGUCUGGCGAUGAUCGGCAAAUUUGGCAUCGCCGCGUCCUUCGCCGUCUUCUACGUCUUCGUCGGCGAGCUGCUGCCGACCGUACUAAGGUCUCAGGCGAUGGGCAUAGCCUCCUUCAUCGCCGGCAUCGGCCUCCUCACCUUCCCCUACAUCGUUCAUUUGGCGGUCUACUCGAGAGUCUUACCCCUGAUCGUGAUGGGAUCGCUGAGCGUCGCCGGCGCUCUCACUUCCGUAUUCCUACCGGAGACGCUCAAUAUCCAUCUGCCGCAGACGGUCGAGGAGGGUGAGCUCUUCGGGGCUGAUUUCAAACUGUGGUCCUGUCCGACGAUACCAAAGAAAGGUUCAAGCAAGACCGAGUCCGUGCCGUUGAGGUACUUAGUGAACGGCGGACCGGGUAGUCGCUCGUCUACCUCGAAAGCCGCGUCGCAGGAAGGCGCGACUACGUCGGGGGGCGAGAAGCCAGCUGCCGUGCUGCCCCCGAAGGAGGAAGAGGCGAAGAACUUAAGCGCACCGAAGACGGAGGAACUGACGAACGUCAAGGUCGUCGGGCCGAAGACGGCCAGCGCGGUGGUGGAAGUGACCGUGUGCCGGAAGUCGCAAUGAGACGGGAUGGGACGGGAUGACAGAGACAGUCUUAUAAUUUUAAAAUCUUUACAACGUUGUAUCAUAAUUACCAGUAUAGACACGCAUUGUAUUUAUUUUUCCAUUUAUUAUAAUGUACUUCCUUUGUAAAACCUGCCUGAGUUUGUCGACCAGCACGAUUCGAUUCCCCGUCUCUUUUUCUUUCUGAGUGCCGUUGAAGAGGAUUUCCACCUCGUCGCGGUGUGUGCGUGUACAUUGCGUGUGACUGAUACGCGUGUGAGUCGAGGAUUAAUGCCCCGGAAUCUACGAGGACUCUAGAGUGUAACGCUAUUACUUUUUUUUUUAUUUGUUCGAUUAGACGUCGAUUUUACAUUCUGUCCUUACGUUUAUUAAGAAAGUCUUGUUGUGAUUUCAGAGUUAGCUUAAAUAAAAUAUCUUAAUAACUAUUGAGACGGUUUGUGAUGAUCGUUUGA